UAUAGCUAUCGCAAUGCACAAUGUUUUGCGAAUACAGGGUCGUGUCGAGUGAGAGCGUGAGAAGAGGCUACAUUGAAACCAAAAGAAAUGGCAUCUCAGCUCCACGGGAGACCUGAGUAAAACAGCAGUCAAAAUGCAAGAUGAUGUUUAAAGACAGCGAUUUGUCCAGUGAGAGCAGUCAACUUUCGGGCUCUCUUUGGACGAACACUCCAAUCCCAAUAUCUUCUUGCCUUUUGAUAGGCGUGAAUUUUGCAGUGCUGCGGAGGGGAGAGUGUGCUUCGAGCAGAAGGGGCGCACGAUUUGCACUAGAACAGAGAGAUCUCUCAGCCUGUCGAGGCGUGUCUCUCGACAGCGCGUCAAAAUGCAAGGUGCCUUUUCAUGAUGUGUUUAUGUCCGCUGCAGAAGCUGACUUUGACGCUUUCAUUCAAUACAUUACUAAUGUGAGCGCUGACCAUCUGUGUUGGUGUUGAAUGAAAGAAAGUCAGUCAAAGACUUCCAUCGCAGAUUG